CCUUAAAAUACCUUAUUUUAUAUUUUAAAAUAUAUAAAUAUAUAUAAAUAUAAAUACCCACUAACUUGCUGAAAAUGACCGGGUCGAAUCAUAAACCAACUAAUCCCAUUCAAAUGUCCAUUGAUAAUUGGAAUCACCAACAAAGACUUGCGAUUGCCCGGGUUUCAGGGCAGGCCCUCAGCCUUGUCGAUCCUAUUGUUCAUCGUUCCUGGGGAAUGACAUGGUGGGACCUUUUACUCGAUCACCUUGACUUGUCGCAGCUAGAAACUGAAUCAACACCAUAUGCUUUCGAAGACGCAUUAUCUCUUUUGUCAAGGCAAGAUUCCGACAUUCGAAUUGAUAUCUUGACAGAUUUAUUGGCAAUAGCCUUGCAACUGGACAAAGUUGAUUAUGAAAAGAGUGGAAUUAUAUAUGAUGCUCGUUCUCGAUGCUUCUUUUUUGCCUUGACCCGACUUUUGGGUCUUGAUACGGGUGAUAUGUGCGCAGUCGAAAGAAGUAUCGGUCAACAGAUGUACUUUGCUCUUCAAGAAGCUUCUAAAGCAGACUCAGAUUCUGAUCGUGUUGCUGGCAUGGGACGGCAGGCACAAAAGGCUAUGGAUGAAACUAAUAACAAGAAAAAGGCAUUUCGUUGGUUAGCUACUGGAGCUGGCAUUAUUGGUGGUGGUGCCGUAAUUGCUUUGACUGGAGGAUUGGCAGCACCACUCGUAGCACCACUUGUAGCAGGGUUGACAGGUGCUACUUUCUUUGCUACUGCUGGUGGAGUAGCUCUUAUCACAAGUCUAUUUGGACUGACAGGUGGUGGAUUGGCAGGGUGGAAAAUGCACAGACGAACAAGGGGUCUAGAAGAAUUCGAAUUUGUUCAGAUUCUUAAUGACUCAGAUUUACCGCCUAUUCCAGCACUCAGUUGUACUAUAUGUAUUACUGGAUUCUUGGCAGAAAGUAAAGAAGAAGUCGAGGCACCAUGGGCAGAUGCGUUUUCUCGAAAAGGAAUCAAUAGUGAUAUUUACUGUCUUUCCUAUGAGACUGAAGCCCUCCUCACGCUAGGCCAUUCUUUUAGACGAUUUGUUACUAGCCAGGCAGCAAAAUACGCUGGUGUGGAAGUUGCCAAACAAACUGUUCUUCGUGCUGUAUUUGCUGCUGUUGCUUUGCCAGCCACUUUACUAUCAAUUGCAGAUGUAAUUGAUAAUCCAUGGCAAAUUGCUUCUGACAGAUCUCGUAAAGCAGGUCUAAUUUUAGCGGAUGUAUUGCAGGAACGUGUUCAGGGUAACAGACCAUGCAAUCUGAUUGGAUAUAGCUGUGGAACUAUUGUGAUCUGGCACUGUCUAAAAGAGUUGUUCGAUCGAGGUUGUGAAGGAAUAGUAGACAACGUGGUAUUGAUGGGUGCUCCUAUUUCAUGUCAUGAACAACAGACAUGGAACGAAAUUGUAUCUACAGUAUCUGGUAGAUUUGUAAAUUGUUAUACUUCCAAGGACUGGGUACUAGCAUUUGUGUAUCGCCUUCAUUCUCUAGAUACUAGUGUUGCUGGACUGGAACCUGUACAAAUCAAUCGAAUUGAGAAUAUUGAAUUGGAUCUGGAUGGACAUCUGGGAUACACGGAUGCAGUUGAGGAUAUCUUGUGUAAUUUGGUUAAGAUUGUAUAAAUAAUGAAAUAAAAUAUAUAAAAAAAAAA